GCGGGGAAGAACCAACCUAGCUAUCUCGAUCACCAAAACCCCUCCAGUUAACUAUGGCAAUGCAUGAUUUAGGCUCUUUGCUCUUGUGUGUCUUGCUACUCAAUGGCUUUGCAUUGACAAACACCAAAGCUGCUAAGCCAGAUAAACCCAUUGUCUGUAACUCACUUGACAGGACCAAGUUUGAUGCUCUAAAACCAGGGUUCGUCUUUGGUGGAUCUACAGCAGCUUACCAGGUAGAAGGUGCAUGGAACGUAGAUGGUAGAGGACCAAGCAUAUGGGACACCUUCACCCACGACCAUCCAGGUUAUAAAAAAAUCGAUGAUCGCAGCAAUGGAGAUGUCGCCAUUGAUCAAUACCACCUCUAUAAGAAAGAUGUAGCAAUUAUGAAGGAUAUGAAGUUGGAUGCUUAUAGGUUCUCUAUCUCAUGGCCCAGAUUGUUACCAAAUGGCACGCUAAGUGGGGGUGUCAACAGGAAGGGAAUUGAAUACUACGACAAUCUCAUCAAUGAACUCCUUCGCAAUGGCAUACAGCCAUUUGUGACAAUCUUUCACUGGGAUGUUCCCCAAGCGUUAGAAGAUGCAUAUGGUGGUUUGUUAAGCCCUCGUAUUGUCGAUGACUUUAAAGACUACGCAGAACUUUGUUUUUCACUUUUUGGUGAUCGAGUGAAGCACUGGAUCACAUUGAAUGAACCAUAUACCAUCAGUAACCAUGGUUAUACAAUCGGGAUGUACGCACCGGGACGAUGCUCUGCUUGGUAUGACCCAACCUGCCUUGGUGGAGAUUCGGCUACUGAACCCUAUUUGGUAACACACUACCAACUCCUUGCUCAUGCAGCUGCUGUAAAAGUGUACAAAGAUAAAUUUCAGGCAUAUCAAAAUGGGGUGAUAGGAAUAACACUAUUGUCACAUUGGUUUGAGCCUGCCUCAGAUGCAAAGGAAGAUAUAGAUGCUGCAAAUCGAGCUAUGGAUUUUAUGUUUGGAUGGUUUAUGGAUCCAAUUACAAGAGGUGACUACCCGUACAGCAUGCGAGGCCUUGUUAAAGAACGAUUGCCAAAAUUCACGGAAGAAGAAUCCAAGAUGUUAACUGGGUCUUUUGAUUUUGUUGGAUUGAACUAUUAUACUGCUCUAUAUGCAACUGAUGUACCUAAGAAUUAUUCUAAACCUGCAAGUUACUUAUACGAUCCACAUGUUAUUACACUGACUGAACGUGAUGGCAUUCCUAUUGGUCCUCAGGCUGCUUCAGACUGGUUAUAUGUUUAUCCGAAAGGAAUUCACGAUUUUAUACUCUACACGAAGAAUAAGUAUGGUGAUCCGAUCAUUUACAUUACUGAGAAUGGCGUUGAUGAGUUCAAUGAUUCCAACUUAUCACUAGAUGAUGCCCUCCAUGAUCCCAAUAGGAUUGACUACUACAAUCGCCACCUUUGUUACGUUCAUGCAGCAAUCAAGAAGGGUAGUAAUGUGAAAGGAUACUUUGCAUGGGCAAUUUUAGACAACUUUCAAUGGAGUGAAGGCUACACAGUUCGAUUUGGUAUUAACUAUGUGGAUUUUGACGGACUCCAAAGGUACCCAAAAAAUUCGACCCAUUGGUUCACAAAUUUCCUCAAGAAGCGCAAAGGAAGUUCAAAUAUUUUGGCCAAUAAUGUUGGAGACACUGAUUUUCUCUAUCAAUUGUAACUUCAAAUGAUGAAUGUUGUGGGGCUUGUUUUUAGUUUUUUCAACUUCACUCCUUCUGAUUUGGAAUAAGUUGCAACAAAUCGUUAUGAGUUUGUUGUAUAUGUUAUUAGUGUGUGUCUCUCUAUAUUUGUACUACCAUUAUGGCUAGUGCCUCUGCCGCGGUUGAAUUCCAUAUGAAUGUAAUGUACUAUUUAUGAAAAUAAAUGUUUUUGAAUGUUCAGUAUUCAA